UGUUGUUGUCAGUCACUUGUGUCUUCCUUAUUCUCCCUUCCUCUUCCCCACUAGUCGGCCAGUUAGCAGCUUGGGUGGUCGGUCACAUCUCUAAUAUGUACUGACUCCACAAUGUAUCUGUAUUUGCGUUAUUGUUAGUCAAGUGUGGUCUUGAUUGAGCUCGCACUGUCACAACACUGGCAGGUUUUGAUCUCACACCGUAAAACAUUGCCAGAGUUGUGUUUGUGUUUUUAACUUGUGUCUUAUUAAACCUGAGUAGAUCAUCUGCUAGUUCAAGAUGGCAUAUGCUGUAAUAUACUUGAGAGAGGAACUGGUGACUUAGCCCAUAUGGAUACUCUAGUCAGUGAGUACAGCAUUCACUCCAGAUGUGGCUUUCAGAUAAGAGGCUCUUUGAGCAUUGAAGUGUAUCCAACAAAUAGAAUCUUGUGCUGUCAACAAUAACUGAACCAGAGGAGUUAAGGACUGCCAUAAUCAUUAUGUUUCAGAUGUAACCACCACCCACAGAUCCAUUAUACUGUACUGUAUAUGGUCAUAGGACUUGAGACAAUGGAGAAAUAUGAGUGUUCAGAGUGUGGCAAGAAUUUUAAAAGGAAGUCUGCUCUUAAGCUACAUUCUAAUUCUCACAGGGGAGAGGAGCCUUUCAUAUGUAUUGAUUGUGGUGAAGAGUUUACUGGAGAAAGUACUUUUGCCAACCAUGUCCUCCUUCACAUACAGACAGAAGAGCAACCAUACCAACAAGUUCCUUCCACAGGUGGUGCUAGGAAGAAGCCACAUACAAAUUAUGACUGCCUUAUUUGUAAUGAGAUUUUUCGGUGUAAGAGUAGGCUCAAAGAUCAUUAUUUGGCACAUGUAGAAGAAACACUAUGCAGUUGCUACGUGUGUAACAAAAGCUUUGCGUCAAAAUCUGAUUUACAGAUACACGUUCGGACCCAUAUAAAAGAAAAGCCUUACAAGUGUUCUAUAUGUGGUAAAGGCUGCCAAACAGAAGGUGAAUUAGCUUUUCAUAGUGUAAUACAUAUGGAAGAAAAACGUUUUGAGUGUUCCAUUUGUAAAAAUAAAUUCAGAACAAACUCUAAACUUCAAGAACAUAUUAGAAUCCAUACUGGAGAAAAACCUUUUCACUGCUCUGUGUGUGGGAAAUCUUUCACAACAAAUUCCAAGUGCAAACAGCAUGUUAGGAUUCACACAGGUGAGAAGCCUUUUGCAUGUCAUCUGUGUGGUAAGAGGUUUACAGCAGCAAGUAAUCUAAAGACACAUAGCCUUAUUCAUACAGAAAAGAAGCCAUACAAGUGUUCAGAAUGUGGUAAAGCUUUUUCUCAAAAGGGAAAUUUGAAAAGUCAUAUCCUUAUUCAUACAAGGAAAAAAGUUUUUGAAUGUUCAAUAUGUCAUCAAAAUUUUAGACACAGAGUCCAUUUUACAAAACACUUGGCUAUUCACAAUAAUGCUAUCCAAAAUGUUACUGGGAACAGUUUAAUAACUCCAGAUACAAAUGAUGUCAAAAAAUUAUUUAAUAAUGUUACAGCAAUGAACACUGACAUGAAUGAUGAAAGUGAUGACAUAUCUGUUUCUGAAGACAAACAGAUUGGUGAAAAUAAUGAUAUACAUCAAAAAGAAGUUCUACUGAGUGAUAUAUGCACUAAAUAUGACUGCCUAACAGAAAAUGAAUCAGAUAGUCCUGGCUUGUUACCGGAACAUGUGGAAGAAAAACGUUUUGAGUGUUGCACAUGUGGGAAAAGAUUCAGGUCAAAUUCUAAACUUCAAGAACAUGUUAGAAUUCAUACUGGAGAAAGACCAUAUGAAUGUCCAAUGUGUGGGAAGACAUUCAUUACCAAUUCCAAGUGCAAACAGCAUGUUAGAAUUCACACAGGCGAGAAGCCUUUUGCAUGUCAUCUGUGUGGUAAGAGGUUUACAGUAGCAGGCAACCUAAAGACUCAUAGCUAUAUUCAUUCUAAAAAGAAGCCAUACAAGUGUUCAGAUUGUGGUAAAUCCUUUUGUCAAAAAGGAAAUUUGAAAAGUCAUAUCCUUAUCCAUACAAGGAAAAGACCUUUUGAAUGUUCAAUUUGUCAUGAGAGAUUUAGACAUAGCAAUCUUUUUAAAAAACACUUGGAAAACCAUGAUGCUCAAAAUGGGGACAUAACUAAUAAUAGUUUCACGCACCCAAGUGUAGAUGAUGUCAAAGAAGUUUGUGGUGGUGUUACACUGAUGAACGUUAACAUAAAGGAAGAAAAGUGUGAGUUCUCGAGUUUUGAAGAUGAGCAGCUUAAUGAACUUAUCGAAAAUAGUGAGAUGCAUAAAGAAGUUCUGGUAAGUGAAGUGUUCAUAAAAGAAGAAAGUACUUAUGAAGAUGUAGUUGUUAAAGAAGAAGUAGACCCCCUAGAGUAAUUUAGUAGUGUAGUUUAAGUUAGAGUGUAGCUAAUGUUAUAAAUUUGUAUUCCUUUAUGAUUUUGAAAUUUGGUAAUGUAUGUACAGUACUGUAUUGUGUUGGCUAUACACUGUGUGACAGGUUGGUCCAUGUGAAAUUCAACUUGACGCCACUAUCACCAUCCUAUGUUAUACAUGUAAACCAUUUCCCAGGACCUAAUAAAAUUGUGACUGCUAUUUAAUGGUGCAUUUACAACUAGUAAAAA